CUGUGUAUAAAUAUAUGUUGGAAAAUUGACAACGUCAAAAAAGCGAAAAACUUCGUCGACGUGUAUUCAUUUAUAUAUACUUUUCUGAAUUGAAAACAGCAAUAAAAUUCGGCCGAAAAUAACGAUAAAUUGCAUAUACAUACGAAGUGGAGGCGAAAAAAGAUUGUGAUUAAUUUCUCGGGGCAACAUAAAGAUCAAUAAAAUCGAAAACGCUCGGCAUUUUAAAACAUUCAAUUAUAAAAUGAUGUGUUGUGAAACAUUGACUGAUUCAUCUAUUGUCUAAGUUUGUUAUUCCAUUGCAAAAAAAAAAACACACACACACACACACAUAAGCAAAAUAAAGCGAAAAGGAAAUUGCCAACAUUGAAGAUCUUCAGUAGGAAAUCAUAAUGACAUUGUUAAGAAAUUUAGUAUUAAUUAUAGGAUUCACAAUUAUCUAUGGAGAUGAACACAAUCAUAUUUAUAAUCUAAAAGAAGAGGUGGUGCUAUGGAUGAAUACAGUGGGUCCGUAUGAUAAUCGGCAAGAAACGUAUGCAUAUUUUUCAUUGCCGUUCUGUCAAGGAACAAAACAGUCAAUUGGUCAUUAUCAUGAAACCCUUAGCGAAGCAUUGCAAGGUGUUGAAUUGGAACAUAGUGGCUAUGCAAUAGAUUUCAGAGAGGAUUCGCCAGCCACCGAAAUUUGUAUGACUGAAUUGGACGAGGAGAAAGUGAAGGCGUUUUCUUAUGCAGUCAAGAACAAUUACUGGUAUCAAAUGUACAUUGAUGAUUUACCAAUUUGGGGUCGGGUUGGCGAUCGUGGUGAAGAUAAAAAAUAUUACAUUUUCACACAUAAAAAAUUCGAAAUUGGCUACAAUGGAAAUCGCAUUGUCGAUGUUAAGCUCAGCACCGAAAAUAAACAACCACUUGUAUCGGGCAAUAAAAUUAAAUUCACAUAUGAAGUUAGCUUCUAUCCAAGUUCAAUUGAGUUCAAAGACCGUUUCAACAAAUACUUGGAUCCAACAUUCUUCCAACACAGAAUUCAUUGGUUUAGCAUAUUCAACAGUUUCAUGAUGGUGAUAUUUUUGGUUGGUUUAGUGUCAAUGAUUUUAAUGCGAACACUUCGCAAAGAUUAUCAACGUUAUAGCAAAGAUGAAGAAAUGGACGAUAUGGAACGGGAUUUGGGCGAUGAAUAUGGUUGGAAACAGGUGCACGGUGAUGUGUUUCGAUCACCAACACAUAAUAUGUUAUUUUCAUCCCUCAUUGGUACGGGUUAUCAAUUAACCACCGUUGUAUUUUCCGUGAUUAUUUUCGCCAUCAUUGGAGAAUUAUACACAGAACGUGGUUCGAUGUUAUCGACGACAAUUUUCGUGUAUGCAGCUACAUCACCGGUGAAUGGAUACUUUGGUGGUUCAUUAUACGCACGUCAAGGUGGUAAAGUGUGGAUUCGACAAAUGCUUGUAUCAACAUUUUUGGUGCCAACAUUUGUAUGCGGUACCGCAUUUUUCAUCAAUUUCAUUGCUAUCUAUUAUCAUGCAUCCAGAGCCAUACCAUUUGGUACAAUGGUUGCUGUAACAUGUAUUUGUUUGUUUGUCAUUUUACCGUUGAAUUUAAUUGGAACGGUUGUUGGACGAAAUCUAAAUGGUCAACCAGAUUUUCCGUGUCGCGUGAAUGCUGUGCCACGGCCCAUACCCGAAAAAAAAUGGUUUAUGGAACCAGCUGUCAUUAUACUACUCGGCGGUGUAUUGCCAUUCGGAUCAAUAUUCAUCGAAAUGUAUUUUGUGUUCACAUCAUUUUGGGCGUAUAAAAUUUACUACGUAUAUGGAUUUAUGUUGCUGGUAUUCUCAAUUUUGAUCGUAGUUACCGUUUGUGUAACAAUCGUUUGUACUUAUUUCCUGCUGAAUGCUGAAGAUUAUCGAUGGCAAUGGACGAGCUUCUUGUCAGCCGCAUCAACUGCAAUCUACGUUUACGUCUAUUCAUUUUACUAUUUCUUCUUCAAAACUAAAAUGUACGGCCUAUUCCAGACUGCAUUUUAUUUCGGUUAUAUGGCAUUAUUCAGUGGUGCGCUUGGAAUCAUCUGUGGCACCGUCGGUUACAUUGGAACUAGUUUCUUUGUACGUAAAAUUUACUCAAAUGUAAAAAUCGACUAAGCACAUCAAAGGUAGGCAGAUUGGGCGUGAAUGGUGGAAAUUAACGCGAUCUGUGGCAUCAAAUUUUCCCAUUACCCCUUUACAGAUUGAAGAAAAAUUUGAUCUGCCUGCCUAAAAAAAAUAGGACUCGACGACAAAACAAAAAUAAAAAAAAUAAAACAUACACACGAAAUUCUUUAUAGUCGCCAACAUCAUGUUUAUAUAUAUAUAUUUCUAACAAUUUCUCGUUUGUAACAUUUUCAUACAUUUUCUAUGUUGAUCAUACGUGAAUUUAAAUGCUGAUAUAGUUCCUUUUUUUUAAAAUGAAACAACAAACAAAAAAACGUAUAAAAAAUUGGAAAGCGCGAACAAACCUCAGGAAUGACCUGAAUAUUAUUUCAUCUUUUUUUUAUUGGAAUAUAUCGGCAACUCGUAAUAACUGUAUAUUGAAACAUAAAGCAGCGACUGAAUUAUUUUAUUUAACAA